GAGGGAGAGAGAUAAUAGUGAAUGAGAUUACCAUAUUUCAGAGAGAGAAAGUGAGUGAUAGAGAGAGAUACCGAGAUUUGAGAGGAGAUUCAAAACUAAUUCUUAAGCCAAUACAUUAUCUACUGUUGUAAAUAAUAAUUUCUUUAAGCCUUCCAAUUCCGAACAUUAACCCCAGAUGGAUUACUUUUAUAUCAUGGAAUGGCACAAUGCAGGAAUUUUACAAUUUGUGAUUAUUUGGCUUUUGAAUUAAUUGAUGGGCAUUUAUUUAUGAUAGUAAAUCUUGGUUCUGGUGAUAUUCGACUUCAAGCCUCUGCUAAAUCCCUGAACGAUGGAUUAUGGCAUAGCGUUGUUAUGGAAAGAGGUGGACGUAAAGAAGAACCAAUAUUCCUCGGAGCUGUCCCUUGGCCUGACCUAUUUUCUUUUGAUCAAGAAAAUGAAAAUGAGCAUCAAGUUGAAGCUGUAACAGUUAUUGAAAUGGAUGAACCUGCUGAAAUAAAAAGAAAUUUUCCUUCAUCUGUUUGGACAAUAAAUCUUCGUCAAGGCUUUCUUGGGUGUAUGAAAAAUAUUCGUUUAAAUGGCAUAAAUAUUGAAAUUGCACAUAUGUUUCAUUCAACAAAAUUAUUGCCAACGGAAGGACCAACAGAAAGGAGUCUUUUAUCAAAAAUAAAUAAAUCUAUCUCACUUGGCUGCCCCUUCUCCUUUUCCGUUGAUUUUUGUAAAAAACCGGGCAGCAAGAAUCCAUGUAAAAAUGGGGGUAUUUGUUCAUCAUAUCACAAUUCAUUUCACUGCGAUUGUUCUGACACGCCUUUUGAUGGAAUUAGCUGCCAACAAAAGCCUCGCCCUUUGCCUUUCCCUCUUCCAGAAUCUCUCUCAGCCAAAUUUCAUUUUUCUGAUUCUUGGCAGUUGGAAGCAGAAACUUUGGAAAUUAAAUUUCGUCCAAAGCUGGGAAUAAAUUUAAAUGAACUAAAUAAACAGAAAAAACUUUUUGUUUUAAUUGAUACAAAAUCGGAUAUUAUUAAUGAAAAGGAUGAAGAUAAACAACGUUUGUUGGUAGCAAUUACUGGGAGUGGAGGAUUAAUUGUGCAUUGGGUAUUUCGAGGAAAUGAGCAAAGUACUUUUAAUCUGAGCUCUGCAAACAUUACAAAUAAUGUACAUUGGCAUUCGCUCAAGCUAAUAAGGAGGGGGCAACGAUUGGCGUUAAAAUUGGAUGGAAAAUGGCAUAAUCAAUCACUAAAUAAUAUUGGAAACAAACCUUUAAUUCUCUCUAUCAAUGAAAUAGCUAUUGCCCAACCUAUUGGAACUGCUAAAAUAGCAAAUAAUUUAGAGCAUUUGUUUCGUUUCCACGGCGAUUUAAGGAUUCUUUCAUUGAAUGGGCAUGAUUUAUUAAGGCCUAUACGUGUUAUGAAAAGACAAAAAGGUGAAUUUAAAUAA